AUGUUCAAUAUUGAUAUUAAUUUGCUUCCUUCUUUUAAGAGGAGAAAGGAGAAUAUUUGUUCUGCUAACGGUGAAAAAAAUUUGCAGAUGAAAUGCCCUGGAAAAUUAAAAAUGAGUGAAAUACGAUGUCUCAUUGAACAGGUUGAAAAGAGAUUUAUUCACAGUAGUAAUCGUGAAAUAUUAUAUAUCGUAAGUUCGGAUUGGUGGUGUUACUUUGUUGCAACGGUUGCUGCAUGUGCAAUCUCUAAUAUUCGACAGAUUUCCAACGAAUCAAUUACUCUUCGAGAAGAUGACCAUUAUAUUUUAAAACCCAAUAUUUAUGAAGUGCUGGAUUAUUUACUCGUACGAGAGAAAGAUUUUGAGAUUUUAAAUGAAUGGGUUGGAGUUGCUUUAACUGAGCGCGAUAUCAUCAAAUGCUUAUCAUUCCAAACGAGAGAUGGUGUUAAAAAACUUUUCCUUUCACUCUAUUUUAAAGUCAAAAAUAACGAAACAAAAGAAAUGAAACGCUUAUUGGUGGAUGAAAAUGAUAACAUCAAGACUGUGAAGGAUAAAGCUAUUGCAUUAAUGAAUAUUGAUUCCUCAACAGCAGUUUUAUUUUCUGCAAAAAUUGGAAAACGAGUUCGAUCUCUCAAAAAAAAUGCUCCUAAAUGGUAUAAAAUACUGUUUCCUGGCGAUAUUCUAAUUAUUUCGAGCAUAAAUGCAAAUUUAGUCGAGAGUAAUAAUGAAAAUGAACAAAAAAAGGAUGGAAAUACGGAAAACAUUGUAGGAAAAAUGACUGAAAUUGAAUUGUGCGGAUUGUUAAAUGAUACCUUAACUUGUUAUUUUAACAGUGCCGUACAGUGCUUAAACAGUAUUACUGAACUGAAAGACUAUUUUCUAAAUGAACAUUAUCGAAAUGAUUUAAAUGUAAAGAAUGAAACAGGUGGCGAAAUUCUAACAGCUUUUGCCGUUCUUUUGAAAAAAUUAUGUUCUAAUGGUUCAGUUGUUGAUCCGCAACCAUUUUUUAGCAUAAUAACUAAAUAUGCUCCAGUGUUCUCUUCUGGUCAACAUGAUUCACAUGAAUUUAUGGCUUACCUUUUGAAUAUUUUUCAUGAAAGUAUAAAUCAAGCUGAAAUGACGAAUCAGGAGGUUUCUCAAGAAACUUGGAAUAAUUUUUUAUUGAAAAAUAAGAGCAUUAUCACGCAGUAUAUGUAUGGUUUACUUCAAUCAUCGAUUAUAUGUACAAAAUGUUUUCAGGUAAAUAUCAAAUUCGAUCCAUUUUGCUUUUUAACUAUACCAGUUGAACUAUAUGAAGUGGUCUCUGUGAUUUUUAUACCAUCAUCGCCGCGAGAAGACUGGCGAAAAGUAUUGUUGUUUACUAUUCUGGAUGGAGAUAUAAACCGUUUGUUGUUUGAUAAUGAAUUAAUUCAAAAUUGUUCACUGAAUCUUCUUGCAAUUCAGGUGAAAAAUAUAAGUGGUUCAGAGGGAAAAAUCAUCGUUAUUCGUAAUAGAAUAUUAGGUAAAGCAGAACUGAGAGUUUUGCCUAUUGCUUAUUGCGUACCCUCUUCUCAAAAAAUCGAUUUCGAUUUCAUCAAUCUAGAUAUUUUUUCGCUGAACCAGCGUUUUUUUCUGUUAAACGCAAGUGGAGUCAAUUUUGUACUGCAAAAGACAGGUGAAACGAAAGCAAGGAGCGAUAAAGCAAAAUUGAGAAGGAAUAGUAUGCCCGUUUUUUCUGUCAAUAAGAAUCAUCGUUCAGUGUCAGCUGAUAAUAUACUUUUAAAAGAAAUGGCAUGUGAUUAUUGGCUACAAUAUCAUCCUAGUCUUAUGGCUGCUAAAUCUGUCGAUUUGCCAGAUGAUAAGGAACUUGAUUGGCCAGAUACCAAUGAAGCAGGUCUCAGGAUGUUGUCAUUAACAUUUAUUUGGGAACAAGACUUUUUUGAAGCGAAAAGAAAGGAAGAGGGUUUAGUAACUACGGAAAUCGAUUUAAGAAAUCAGUCGAUUGAUACUCCAUCCAUACAUAAAUUAAUUGAUUGGUAUAUAAAGGAAGAAAUGCUUCAGGAUCAAAAUAGAGUGUUUUGUUCAAAAUGUGGCAAGCUUGAAUGUGCAAGGAAAAAGAUGGAUCUAUGCAGGAUGCCGCGUUAUUUAUUCAUUCAUUUAAAUCGAUUUCAAAAUCGUCGUAACUUAGCGAGGAAAGUGAAUAUUGAAGUGGAUAUACCUGUGCAGGCUAUGGAUCUAUCUGGAAAGAUAUUAGUUGGAACACAAUCUGAAUGUGUUUACGAUUUGGUUUCAGUGAUACACCAUAGUGGCAGUCUUUCUUAUGGGCAUUACUGGGCUUGGGUACAUAAGAAUAAUUCUUGGUUUAAUUGUGAUGACUCGAAUAUUAAAUUGCUGGAUAAGUUGAAAGAUCCAUUCAGAUCCAGUAGUGCUUAUAUCCUACUUUAUAGAAGAUCAACCGAUCAAGCAACGGAAAAUCUGGAAAGCUGA